AUGACCGACGAUGCCCAGAGUCAUUCGACAUUUGCAUUGUGGUCUGUCUUCUCAUACGAUUCAAUAUACUUUCACAAAUUGACGAAGUUGCAUAUACAAGACAAGCGAUUGAAAAGGGGCAAACAGAUGGCUUUCGGCACUGCGACGGCUGGGGACCCGAAGUGGUGGCCAGCAUGGAUCCGAUUUACAGUUCUAGCAAAUCUUUGCUGGUUCGUUUUCAUGGGCAAUUGUUACUCUUCUGGAAUCACGACUGGCUUCGAAGACAUGGCCGAAGAAUUUCGAGUUGGAUUUGGACCUCUCACGAACAUCAUCUCCUGGUCUGUGUUCGCACUGGGUGUCUCGAACCUCUUUUGGAUGCCUCUGGCAAUGUGCAUUGGGAAACGACCAGUCAUCCUCAUCUCUAUGGUGAUCUUCCUGGCAGGGCUUAUCUGGAGCGUCUACGCACCUACUCUCAAUAGUCUUCUUGGCGCUCGUAUUCUUGCGAGUUUCGGGGCCGGAAGUGUUGAGUCUCUUGGUCCCAGCAUAAUCGCAGAUUUGUUCCUCGAACGAUACUUCGCCACGGCCAUGGCGCUGUUUGCUUUGUUCCUUUCGGGAGGGUCUCAAAUUGGUCCUGUCAUCGCAGGAUACCUCAUUGCUGAUAAGGGAUGGAGAUGGUUCUUCAAGCUCUGUGCAAUCUUGAAUGGAGCCAACCUCUUUUGCUGCCUCUUUUUUCUGCCAGAAACAUCAUACCGUCGACCUUAUGUUUACGGCGGUGAAACAGCAGCCGAAGCCGACAAGGAGGCUACGCAAAUGAUCGAGCAUAAACAUGAUAAAAGAAUGGGAGAUGACCUCGCCACAAUCCCAACGGGCACUGCCCCUGGCGUUCCCUACGCAGGUACUUAUUGGAAAGACCUCGUCGCAUUUCGCCAUCGUGGUCAAGAAGAAACUGGAUUGAGAGCAUUCCCCAAACAAUUGACUCUGCCGUGGCGAUUCCUCUUGGUGCCAGGUGCACUCUAUGCCGCCAUCUCAUAUGGCGUUAUUCUCGCAGGAAUCGUCAUCAUCUCCUCCCAAAUGCCUCAACUCUUUGCCCCUCCACCAUACCUCUUUGACAGCAAAGCAAUUGGUCUCUUUACCCUCUCAUCUUUCAUCGGCGUCAUUGUCGCGUACCCUCUCGCCGGUCCAUUGACCGAUCUUCUUUCUCGAACCCUCACAAGAGCCAACAACAAUAUCCACAAACCCGAACACAGAAUCCCAGCCCUCAUCCUUCCGUUUCUCCUUUGUCCAUGGGGCCUCAUCCUCUACUCCUAUACGGUUGCAGAUUCAAAGCCUUAUUACGCCGCAGCAGUGGGCUUUGCUGUACAAGCAGCUGGUCUAUGCUUUGUGCCUAGCGUGGUGUUGAGUUAUGUAGUCGAUGCUUAUCCUGCUGAAGGUGGUGAAGCAUUGGUGUUGAUCAAUGCGGGGAAGAACCUAGUUGCCUUUGGGAUUACUAAGAGUAAUGCGCAGUGGCUUGCCAAAGAGGGAUUGAAGAAGAUGUAUGGGGAGAUGGCGGCGAUACAAUGGGCUGUUCUCCUCUUGGGGUUGCCUUUGUACUUUGCUGGUCCGUGGUUGAGGAGAAGCACUCAGAAGUUUGUUUGA